AUGGCUUUGAUGUCAGAUCUUUUUUCUUUGAAUGGUAGAAGAUCAAUUGUAUUUCCUCCUCUGACUGUUCAUCUUUGUCCUGAUUGUGACUAUUCUACCCCACACAAAGUUAAUCUAUCAAGACACAUGCGGACCCACACUGGAGAGCGCCCAUUCUGUUGCAGUCUCUGUUUUAAAAGUUUCACAAGGAAAGAAAAUCUGCAGGUUCAUGUGAAGGGCCACAAUGGGGAACGGCCAUUCAGUUGCAGUGUGUGUUCAAAGCGAUUUAAACAGAAAGCUCAUCUGAAGAGCCACAUGAUCAGCCACAGUGAAGAACGAACUUUCAAGUGCCAUCACUGCAACAGAGACUUUGCUGACAAGGGAAGGCUUUGCCAUCACAUUAAUACUCAAGCAUGUGUGAAGCACUUGUGA